AUGGGCAAGUCACAGAGCCUGGAGGUCCAAGCCAAGUGCAGGCCGUGUCCUCUGCAGCAAGCUGACUGGAUCAUCAUCACUGACCGCUUCGGCCAGUGCUUUGUUACCCAGGUGCAAACGGAACAGCUUGGCGAGGGCAGCCUCGAGCAUCAGCCUGGGGCCAGAGCUGAGGAUGGGAGAACCAGCGUCGCCGUGGGCGUGUCGGACGAGGACGACAGCAGAGACACCAUCCGGCUUCACAGGAAGGAGGAGAAAAACGUCAUGCGCUACUAUCUCUUCGAAGGGUCGCGCUAUGUCUGGCUUGAAAGGCGGCUGGCGUUCUGCAAGGUCAGCGUCUUAGAUGACGGCUGGACCUGUGCAGACAUCCACCUUUCCCGGCCAGGCCUCAGCCAGCAAGACCACAGCACCAGGAGAAAGGUCUAUGGGCCAAACCUGAUUGAUGUGCCAGUCAAAUCCUACCUCCGGCUGUUGGUGGACGAGGUGUUGAAUCCCUUCUACAUCUUCCAGGCGUUUAGCAUCGUUCUGUGGAUCUGUGACACUUACUACUAUUACGCUGCCUGCAUAUUCGUCAUCUCUGCGAUAUCCAUUGGGCUGUCUCUCUACGAGACGAGAAAGCAAAGCAUCACGCUGCGGAACAUGGUGAAGAUGGCGAUCGACGUGAGAGUCCGCCGGGCCGACGGAGAGGAGGUGCUGGUGAACUCGUGGGACCUGGUGCCAGGUGACUGCAUUAGUGUCCCCACCGAAGGGUUCCUAGUCCCUUGUGAUGCCGCGCUGCUCACCGGGGAGUGCAUGGUCAACGAGAGCAUGCUGACAGGGGAGAGUGCCCCAGUGAUGAAGACGCCUUUACCCAACGGACCCCAAGCUGGCCACGUGGUCUAUUCCCCUGAGGAGCACAAGCGGCACACGCUGUUCUGCGGGACGCAGGUCCUCCAAGCCAAGUCCUACGUGGGCAAGGAGGUCCUGGCUGUGGUGACACGCACAGGGUUCUGCACCGCCAAAGGAGACCUGAUCAGCUCCAUCCUCUACCCCAAGCCUGUGCAUUUCCGGUUCUACAAGGACGCGGUGAAGUUUGUCCUCUUCCUUGCAGCUCUGGCUCUUGUUGGCACCACCUACAGCAUCGUCAUUUUGAUUAAAAACCAGGUUCCUCUCCAGCAAAUAGUCAUCCGCGCACUGGAUCUCAUCACGGUCAUUGUGCCCCCGGCCCUCCCCGCUGCGAUGACCGUGGGCACCAUCUACGCCCAGAACAGGCUGAAGAAGCAGGGCGUCUUCUGCAUCAGCCCUCCCCGGAUCAACCUGUGCGGGAAAAUCCGCCUGGUCUGCUUUGACAAGACAGGGACCCUCACGGAGGAAGGCCUGGAUGUCUGGGGCGUCGUUCCCGUGGAGAAUAGCUGCUUCCUGCCCAUCACCCAUGAGCCCCGCCGCUUGGCCGACGGCCCCUUGUUGUAUUCGCUAGCCACCUGUCAUGGUGUGUCUCUGCUGAAUGGGCAGCCCAUCGGAGACCCCCUGGACAUCAAGAUGGUGGAAUCUACUGGCUGGACCCUGGAAGAGGCCGACGGGGCGGAGGCCGAGCUGUGCGAGGUCCAGCACUUCGGGAUGAAGGUGCUAGCAGGGAUGAAGCCGCCACCUCUGGAAGAACAGCCGCAUGGCACGAAACACAAGACGUCAGCUGGGAUUCUCCGCCGGUUCCCGUUCUCCUCCUCCCUGCAGAGGAUGAGCGUCCUGGUGAAGCUGUCUGGCGAUGCCCCGGUGGAGGCGUACAUGAAGGGGGCUCCAGAGAUGGUGGCCAGUCUCUGUAAAAAGGAAACAGUCCCUGUGGAUUUCUCCCAGUUGUUACGACAUUACACUACAGACGGUUUCCGGGUCCUGGGACUUGCCUACAAAACACUAACUACUGUGAAAACCUUUGAGGAAGCUCAGCAGCUGACUAGGGACGCCGUAGAGAGUGGAAUGAGUCUCCUUGGCUUCCUCGUGAUGAGAAACGUUCUCAAGGCAGAGACGGCACCUGUGAUCCACCUGCUAAGGAACGCAAACAUCCGCACCGUCAUGGUGACAGGGGACAACAUGCUGACAGCAGUGAAUGUGGCCAAGAGCUGCCGGAUGGUGGAGGUGAAGGAGCGGGUGGGUCCCAGCCACGACAAACCCGCCGCCCUCAAAUUCAUCUCCGACGAUGCCCCCCAGGGCCAGGAGCAGCCAGAAGGCCUGUACCAGCAGGAUGCCUCCUUCCUUGAGCAGCCGCCCUGUCACCUGGCGCUGAACGGGAAAUCCUUCGCUGUGGUUUGCGAACACUUCCCCCACCUGCUCCCCAGGAUCCUAAUUCAGGCCACGAUUUUCGCUCGCAUGUCGCCCGACCAGAAAACUCAGCUGGUUUACAGCUUACAGGACCUGAACUAUUGCGUGGGCAUGUGCGGAGAUGGGGCCAACGACUGCGGGGCGCUGAAGGCAGCCGACGUGGGGAUCUCGCUCUCCGAGGCAGAGGCCUCUGUGGCUUCCCCAUUCACCUCCACAGUCGCCACCAUCGAGUGUGUGCCCACGCUCAUCAGGGAAGGCCGAUGUUCUCUGGUCACCUCCUUUGGGGUUUUUAAGUACAUGGCCCUGUACAGCCUGGUGCAAUUCGUCUCCGUGCUUCUGCUCUACACGAUUAACACCAACCUGAGUGACUUUCAGUUCCUCUUCUUCGACCUGAUCAUCACUACGACCGUGGCUGUGCUGAUGGGCAAGACCGGACCCGCCAAGGAACUGGGCACCAAGCGCCCCCAAGGGACACUGAUCAGUAUUAUUGUCCUCGGCAGCCUCCUCCUCCAGACCGCUCUGCUGAUCACGGUUCAGCUCAUGAGCUACUUCAUCACCGUCUCGCAGAGCUGGUACGUCCCUUUGAACAGCACGGUGACCGCCCCGCAGAACCUGCCCAACUACGAGAACACCGUGGUGUUCUGCGUCUCAGGCUUCCAGUACCUGAUCCUCGCCGUCGCCAUGUCCAAGGGAUACCCCUUCCGGGAGCCUCUGUACACCAACGUGCCGUUCCUGCUUGUCCUCGUGGCUCUCUUCGGCCUGAUGAUGGCGCUAACGCUUUACCCGCUGGGCUUCCUGAGAGCCGUGUUGAUGCUGAAAGACAUCAGCGACAUGAGCUUCAAGCUGCUGCUUCUGGGCAUGGCCACCCUCAACUUCUUCACAGCCUUCAUGCUGGAGACCGCCCUGGACCACGGCAUGCUCAACUGCCUGCGCAAGCUGCACCGGAGGAGGGCCUCUAAGAAGCUGUUCAAGAGGCUGCAGCAGGAGGUUCGAUUUUCUGAUGGCAAAGUUCUGGAGAAGUUCAUCGAAGCUGACUCGACGAAGCACGUCCGCUUCCAGACACAAUAG